GUGCUCGACACCAUGCUGGAUGCGCCGAAGUGGGCAACGCCAGCUCCAUUGCUGCCUCGCAAGUCGUCCAAGCUACGACAGCCGACGCCGAAGACGCUCUCGCUGCACAAGUACUUCAACGCGGGUGGCGUCACCAAGGUCAGCUACAACAAGCGCUCUGUCUUCAUAUCCGGCCUCUUUGCACUCAGCCUGAUUCUGAGCCCCAUGAAAGCGUACGUGAGCGAGCCUCUCUUGGACGGCAGUGGGUACUUUGACGCGGGUCUACCGAUGUCCCCGACGCCGGCAUGGAGCGCGCUUGUCGUUGCCGACCACAAGCAGCAAACGUCGGCGGAGAACUCCAACACCACAUAUCACAUUAUAACAUCGACCGUCGAUGCGAGCGUGUGCUCGUUUGCGCUUGUCGCGCGCGCACCAGGUGCGCUCUUCUACCCGGCAGACUUUGGCCCGCAAGUGCUUCAAGAUCUCUGCGCAACGACGCCGGUAGCUCGCGCGUGGACAAUGCAACUGGUCUCGGUCCCGAUCGCCGUGUCGAUUGCGUGGACGCAGCCGACGGGUCCGAAUACGACUGCCGUCUCGUUCAUUCACGUGCUUCCCGUGUACUCGAGCGGCUGGGUGCUCGCCAAGCUCCUGUGGCGAGUGCUCCUCAGUGUGUACAUUGGCUGGCUUCUAUGGCGGCAGUACUACCGCCACGUCGCCCACCUCCUUGAGAACCUUGAUCUAUACCCGCUGAGCGAUCGAUCCAAAACAGUCGAGCGCUACGAGGUAAUUAUCGGCGACCCCACGUCCACUAUCGUCUCGAGCCCGAUUGUUUGCGCCGGCUUUUGCCUCGACAUUCUCGCGAGCGCCGACGUAUCGUUGCAUGCAACUGUUCGCGUCAUUUACGCCGUCGAUGCCCGCAGCUUCUUGUGUGGCGCGUACUACCUCGGUCGCCACGUCUGGUUCUCGUACGCAGCGCUCUUGGCGUUCAAUAGGCUGCUGCGGCGCAAGCGAAUGAUCCACGGGUGCGUCGCUCAAUCGACGACCGUGCUCGCGGUUGUCAUCACCGUGCUCCUCAGCGCAGCCGCCAACGGAUGCCUGCGCUGGUAUCCGCUCGUCGGCAUGGCCAACUCGAUCAUGUGCGCACUGUCGACGGCAGCCGCCGACGGUAGCUUCUACACGGUCGAGGUAGCUCCCGCCCUUUUGGUCACCUACUUCAUCCUCGCUAUGGUGCCGGUGGUGCUGGGGCGUCGGGCGCCCGAGCCGCGUCCGGAACCACCAGAGCUACUGAUUUACCACAAGAGCAUUUCGUCCGUCUUGAGUGCAAACAGCCAGCGCCAAGUGCAGCUCGGCGUGGUCGCGCGCGCGCCAAGCGACAGGAAGUCACCGGCGACACCCGUCCCUGCCCUGGCGCCGACGGACGACAAUUCCUUUGCCAAGUUUGACUUCAACGAUUGGAAGCGUCGACUCUGCCUCUAUUUGUGCCGACCCCACAAGCCGACGGACACAGACUUUUGCUCGGGGGGCAGUAUAUACCGACAAUUCGCGACGGACCCGUCCCAUCAGUCGCUCGCGACGAUCAACGGACGCGGCACUGACUGUUAUGUGUACGGCUACAUUGCGGCGGGGCAGCUCGCCGACGUGACGCGCGUGAGCUUGGUCUCGCACCUCGUACUCCAGAAGGGCUCGAUCGUGUCCGUUCAACCAAAGCCAGCCCCCCCAGAUGCGCCCCAACGCCCACACGCUCAGCGAUUUGCUGUUGGGAAGUCCAUGGCGCGCGCAACUCACCAUGGAUAG